AUGGUUUCUGAACAGUUUUUAAAAGAAUUACCUAAAUGUGAGCAUCAUUUGCAUCUAGAAGGUACACUGGAACCAGAUCUGUUAUUUCCAUUGGCCGCAAGAAACAAUAUUAAAUUGCCAGAUAACUUCCCACAAUCAGUAGAAGAGUUGAAUAAAAAGUAUGCUCAAUUCCGUGAUUUACAAGAUUUCUUGGAUUAUUAUUACAUCGGUACUAAUGUGUUGAUCACUGAGCAGGAUUUCUUUGAUUUAGCCUGGGCCUAUUUCACUAAAGUGUCUAAACAAGGUUUGGUUCACGCUGAGGUGUUUUAUGAUCCACAGUCUCAUACUUCUAGAGGUAUCUCUUUAGAAACUGUCACUAAUGGGUUUAAAAGAGCUUGUGAUGAAGCAUAUAAACAAUAUGGUAUUACUUCUAAACUUAUCAUGUGUCUACUAAGACAUUUAGAGCCAAGGGAAUGUCUUGCCACUAUUGAAGAAGCUGAGCCAUACAUCAAGAAUGGCGUGAUAAGCGGUCUAGGGUUAGAUUCGGCAGAAAGACCUUUCCCGCCAAAUUUGUUUGUUGAAUGCUAUGAAAAAGCAGCUUCACUUAAUCCAGAUUUGAGAUUAACUGCACAUGCUGGUGAAGAGGGUCCAGCUCAAUAUGUUACCGAUUCUUUAGAUUUAUUAAAUGUAACAAGAGUUGAUCACGGCAUAAACUCAGCAAACGACGAUGAAUUAUUGAAAAGAUUAGCACAGGAAAAUAUUAUGUUGACUGUCUGUCCGUUAUCUAAUGUUAAACUACAAGUUGUUAAAGCUGUGUCUGAAUUACCACUUCAGAAAUUUUUAGAUAAUAAUAUCCCAUUUUCUAUUAAUUCUGAUGAUCCAUCAUAUUUUGGUGGGUAUAUCCUUGACAACUAUAUUCAAGUAGCCAAAGAUUUCCCUCAUUGGAAUUACAAUGUUUGGGGUAUGAUUGCUAAAAAUGCAAUUAAUGGCUCUUGGUGUGAUGAUAAAAGAAAAAGUGAACUUUUAACUAAAGUUGAUGAAGUCGUAACUAAAUUCUUAUAA